AGCAAUGUCAUGACGUGAACUGCCUCCCUUUGCAUAGCAAUGCCCCGCAAGGACCGUGCAGGAGGGGAUGCAGGUAAGGGGGCUAAAAACCCUCUGGCUGACAUGUUCAACAUUCAAAUGCCUGAAGAUGACGAAGAGGCCUUGAUGGCCGAACUGGCCGCACUCCAGGGGAUCCAACCCCCUUCCAAAGGAAAAAGAAAAGGGCAACCAGACAAGAACAUGUCACUGGAUCAGGUGCUGGCUCAGAGUGCUGCUCUUAUCAAUGAUGUGGAUAUUGAUGAAGAUGACGGAGGAGAUGACGAGGACCUCAUGGCUGAGUUAGGAGAUAUCCUUGGUGAGGAUGAUGAGGAUGAUGAUAUGCUUGCUGAGAUCAAGGAUUCCCCACCGCCGGCAGCUCAGCCUGUAGCAGCAGCUCCUGUACAGCGGAGGGCUGCUCCACAACCACCUCGGCCCGUUCAAGUUCAACCUUCUCCUAGCAGUGGUCAGUCGCCGCUAGCAGUAGCGAGUGAGCGACGUGAGAUUUACGUGGCAAUGCAAGAGAAAGCCAAGGCUGCAGGAGAGGGCUCCAAGGUGCGGAGAUACCAGCGGAUUAUAACUCAGUGUGACACAGCUCUGAAGACCAUCAAAGCAGGAAGACAGUUUGAUCUGUCGACUCUACCUGAGCCACCUCCCGGUUUUACCGUUAAACCAGCAGGACCUCAACAGCCAGUCCCACAGCCAGUCCCAGCUCACCAACCUGUCCAUCAGCAACCUGUAGUGACAGGUCUAGGAGGGUCCCUGUCACCGUCUAUACCCCCAGUGGAGGAGCCGCUCAUUGACUUUGGGGAUCAGACUGGAGGUUAUCCUGCUCAUGUCCAAGAAGUGCAACCGCAACAACAACAACAACAACAAGCUCCUCUCCCCGAAGUGGCAAAACCUGGCAAGUUGAAUGUGAACGUGGUUGAUUUGCUGAAUCACAUGGAACAAUAUAACGAGCCCGAGCACAAGGUGGAAAAUCACGUGGUGACCUUGCUCAAAGACCGAGGAGGGCGUUACCGCCAAGUGGCACUAACGCUCCACAAACAAGGAAGAACGGACGAAGCUAAGGAGUUCCUUGGGUAUCAGUAA